GCAAGACUGAUCAACUAAAGCACAUUCAUUCAUUUUCCGGAUAUCGAUCAUGCCCCGAAGGAAGACUUCUUCAAUUGGAUGCAAAACUGCGAAAGCUGCAAGAACAUCAGCAAGGAGGGCCAAUGAAUCGUCAGCCGAAACUUACAUUAGACGAUCACAAAAUGCUCGACGUACUGCCAAUUCAAGAGCACUUCAAAAAGAUCACCAGCGUAAACUUCGACGAACUGCUGCUGUGCGAGCUGCAGAAAAUGAACUCCAGCGUAAAGUUCGACGAACUGCUGCUGCACUAGCUGCAGAAAAUGAACUCCAGCGUAAAGUUCGAUGAACUGCUGCUGCGCUAGCUGCAGAAAAUGAACUCCAGUGUAAAGUUCGACGAACUGCUGAUGCUGCCUCAACCGCUGCUGCACAAGCUGCAGAAACAGAACUCCAGCGUAAAGUUCGACGAACUGCUGAUGCUUCCUCAACUGCUGCUGCACAAGCUGCAGAGAAGAAAAACGAACGCACUACACGUCUGCUCAGGAAUGCUGCCAACAUGGCUGCUGCGCAAGCUUCCUACACCUUACAACAGAGAUGUACUAUGCUGCAGACUUCAACUCAACAAAGAGCUCAUAGACGAGGAUUUUCAACGCCAUGCAGCUAACGAUGGUUAUUAAAGGCUUUCCAAUACAACCCUAACCUUCAUUAUGAUUGCCACCUAGAUAUGAACAUUGGCAAUAUGUCCAUCACUUGCUCUUUCUGCAAUGCUAAGAAGUGGUCAAGAGAAACUCCUGCAAUGUGUUGCACUAAUGGAUCCACUGCAGGAUCCACCACAGCUCUUAAAGUCACUCUACACUGGCACAACUACAUUUCCUGAAUAACAUCCGGAAGUACAAUUGUGCAUUCCAAAUGACAUCUUUCGGCGCUAAUGUUGUUCAAGAAGGCGGGUUUAUGCCAACUUUCAAAGUUCAGGGACAGGUUUACCAUAGGAUAGGAUCACUCAAACCUGCUGAAAAUCAAGAUCCUCAAUUCCUUCAACUGUACUUUGUAGGUAAUUUACAUGAGCAAGCCACCCAACGAAAUUCCAUUUCCACAGGUACUAACUUUCACUUGAUAAUGCAACUGCAAGACCUUUUGCACCAGAAAAACAGCUACGUACACAUCUUCAAGUAUACCUUGGAAACUGAAGAUUCAUCAAAUUUUAAUGUUAUCAUUGAUGCCCAGAAAAGACCAUCUAGGGAACAUGCAGGCCAUUACAAUGCACCCACAUGCAAUGAAAUAGCUGUAUUCCUUCACGGUGAACAGCACAAUCCCAGAGACAUUGUCCUCAGGCGACGUGACACCACCCUCCAACGAAUUAGUGAAACACACAGAUCAUAUGAUUUACUCCAAUACCCACUUCUGUUUAUUAACGGUGAGGAUGGCUACCACAUCGGUCUACUACAGCAACAUCCUCAAAAUCUUAAUGAACAUCUCAACAAGCCAAUAUCCUGCAUGGACUUCUACUCAUACAGAUUUAUGACCCGAAACAACUGCUGUAGUCACCUCCACCGUAUUUACAUUCCCUAUGGCCAUAGGGAAUGUAAAUAUGUUUUCUUCAUUUUUGCUUGGACACUGGCUUUUAACUAUAGGUUUGCCUUAUCUGAAAAGUAAUUUUGAAUCGGAAAAAAUUUUUCUAAACAAUGAACUUUUAUCUGACCUUAUAUAUUAUAUAUUACUUAUUUAUAUGCUUCCUAUACUUAUAUAUGUAUUUUUAUAUAUCUAUAUAUUUCUUAUAUUUUUAUUAUUCUAGGUGUUGUAAUGUUUUUUAAAAAAUAUAUAUUUCUUAAUUGCUAAAAUAUUAAGCGUUAACUUUUAACCGAGAUGAACUAUA